GGCUUCGCUGUUGUGCCCUCCGCCUGCUGACCGUCGCCCCAGCCCCCUGCCGUGGCGGUCACCCUUCAUCAGUCCGCCUUUGGCCUGGGGGGAGAUGUUCGACCGGCUGACCCUGAGCACCGAGGAGAGCAGGUACUCGGAUCGGUUCCUCGUGACAUCUCCCAUGGUUGUGGCUCUUAUCGAGGGCGUGCUGGGCUACAAGCUCGUCUCGACGCACGGCACGUGGGUUUUCCGGAGGGAGACCGCAUUCAGAACGCUGUGACAGUCAACAAGUCGAUCUGGGCGUCUGCUUCCCGGAUGGUCUUGUGGGGCACUGUUCGGUGUCCAUCAAACCAGAGAGCUACCCGUCCUGAGUGGAU